CUGCACUGUGUGAAUGAAAUAUUUGUCUCAUCCAAGUCGAUAAACUGGGCAGUCUGGUUCCAAGCCCUAGUAUUGUUCACUUUGGCCGAUGCCCAUUCUCUCUUCCUUUCUCUUCUUUCCCUCUUCUUUGUCUGCCGCCUGCAUCCUCAAGUAAUAUACAAUGGCAGCCAUAGAGCAUAGAAAUAUAGACCUGUGGUCGACAGAUCCGUUUCGUCAGGUGGAAUUCCUCAACGAACCGCAGGACAACUACUUCGAAGACGCAAUCUCCGCCGCUGAUGAUGUCGAGACAGAAAUACCUGCUUCUCGAGCCCAGGUCCAGAUCCUCCAAGACGAUACACUGCAAUGGUGUCAAAUCAGCCUCGUGCUUCCACGAAGCCCACCGCCCACUCUUGACCAGAUCCAAUGGACUUGGAAGGCUCUUACCUCCCAUCAUGCGUGCCUGCGGACUGUGCUCCAUGUCGAUACACAGUCAGGGAACGUCUACCAGCGCGUUCUUCUGCGAGGCUCCCAGGUCGAAGCGAUAGAGGAUCCCACCUGGACUCCACAGUCAUCUGUUCCUUCAACUCCAGGAGUGUGUGGAAUGCUCACUGGCGACCAGGCACGAUUGACAGUGUAUCGGUACCCCUUAUCGCCGCACCAUCGGGUGACGCUUCAUGUGCACCGUGCUAUGGUGGAUAGUAGCUCGCUUAGCCUUAUCAAACGCGACUUCGCUUUGUUAUACUGUGGACUGCCCCUACCAGAGCGCACCCCUCUGACAUACUACUUAAAGCAGCACCUGGAGUCCAAGGAUGAAGCUAUCAGCCGGGCCUUCUGGAGUCAAACCCUGAACGAUAUCCCCGCUGGUACGCAUUAUGCUGCGCUUUCACCUAAUGCUGGCAGCCGGCGGGCUACCAUUUCGAUGACAUUAGGCGAGAACUGUGCUACAGGACUAGCACGAUUGGAAGUGGAAUGUGGGUGGCCCCGUCUUCUCCUUUUUGAAGCCCUGUGGGCAACCGUCCUUCACUAUCACUCUGGCUCUCGCGAUGUCAUUUUCGCUGGAGUUCGCCGGGAUGCUGGCUUUCCUGGCGUGGACACAUGCGUUGGCUUCCUGGACCAGACGUAUCCAGUCUGCGUCUCAGUGGAACCAAAUGAGACGUUCAGCAAGCUGUUCACCAAGCUGUGCGAUUACCAUGCAUCCGCUUCGUCUCACGCAUACCUUGGUUAUAAAGAGAUCACCAGAGGCCUGCCUAAGCCUGUCAACACUGUGAUCACAUACUCGCCCGGCCUUAACGGUCCUACAACGGCUGGGCAGCUUAUGGGAUUUCCUAUGGCGGUAUUCAUCACUGGCACUACCCCGGUACAGAUUACCUGCUGUUACAGCAGUGAGAUCCCCAGUGCCGACGCUGAGGUUGUGUUGCAGCACUUUGCCCAAGCCAUAUCCAGCGCCGUCCGAAAAUUCUAUCUCCCUCACUCCCUCGUCGGCCACAUCGAAUUGGCCUCUGAGGAAGAGAAGAUGAGCCUCAUCCGUGGUGCAAUGCAGACAUCUCGAACGGGGCAUCGACCAUAUUCUACCAUCGUCGAGCUUUUCGAACAACAAGCUUCACGGAUACCGGAUUCGGAUGCAGUGCAGUUCGAGGACGAAAAAGCCAUCACAUUUGGCGAGUUGGACGUCCAGGCCAACCAGCUCGCUCGACUUCUGGGGUUGGUACGCGGCGAAAUAAUUGCUGUCUUGAUCGACCGCUCAACCACUCUAAUAGUGACGAUAUUGGCUAUUCUCAAGGCCGGGGCUGCAUACACAAUCCUUGAUCCCGAUGGUUCAGUGGACCGUAAUCGUCAGAUUGUUGAGAGCUGUGACGCGCCGCUGGUGCUGGCCAAUCGUGUCUAUUGUGGUAGCAUGCCCAAGGCGCAGCCUAUCGAGGAUUGUCUUUAUAACUCGACAACCCUGGAUGGAUCGAAGCUCGCGCUGGAUCUGCAGCCAGAGGAGCGUUGCUACGUUAUUUAUACAUCUGGAUCUACCGGCGUCCCAAAGGGCGUUGUUAUAUCCCACGGAGCUGCAGCGACUGGCAUGCAGUAUCAUUCCCUGAAUGGGCUUCAACGAUGGCUUCUCUUUUAUAGCCCUACCUUCUCUGCGGCCCAGCGAACCAUGUUGUCUACUCUCAUUCACGGCGGCACGCUGCUCCUUUGCAGCAAACAGAAACUCAUGACUUCACUUGCAGUGGUGUUAAACCAGAUGCGAGUGGAAGCCCUUGGGAUUACGCCGUCCGCCCUAUCCAUCCUCGAGCCGAAACAAAUCCCAGAUGUCAAGCAGAUCACCCUGGUUGGAGAAAGGAUACCCCAUGAACUCGUUGAUAUCUGGUCGGACAAGGUGCAUUUGCGCAAUACCUACGGCCUCAGCGAGUGCACCCAACUGAACUUCAGCAACACGCUAAAUGCCGGAGGCAACCCAAGGAUUCUAGGACGCCCGCUGGAUACAACGCAAGCAUACGUACUGCAACCCAGCACAACGGACCUAUCCCCCAUUGGUGUGAUGGGCGAGCUCUGCCUGGCCGGACCACAGCUCGCCUCGGGCUAUCUCAAGGACAUUGAGCAGACGGACAGGGUCUUUAUCCCGAAUCCAUUCGGCACUGGAAGGCUUUACCGCACGGGAGACGUGGCUCGCGCUCUAGCUGAUGGCUCGUUCGAGAUUAUCGGCCGCAUCGACUUCCAAGUCAAGAUCAACGGCCAGAAGGUGAACCCAGCUGAGAUCGAUGCCGCGCUCGUUCAGCACGACGAUGUCGUCAGCUGCGCAACAGUCGCGCUCACCCACUCCGGUGGACUGCGCCUGGUAUCCGCCAUCGUCCUGAAACCUGGAUCAUCGUGGUCUGCUGUGCUCCCAUCGUUGCGGCAGCAUGCCUCGAAGGCACUCCCGAGCUACAUGGUACCUUCGUUCUGGAUGCCGUUGGACGCGCUGCCCAUGACGAGUAAUGGCAAAACGGACAUCAAGAAACUAGAAAGAAUGGCUGAAGAGCUAGGCGUCGCAGGCUUCGCACAACUGGACGCGGCUGACCAGGGAUCGAACAGCAGGCUUCUGGACGAAGUCGAGGUUAAGAUCGCGGGCGUAUGGUCUCAAGUUCUGGGGCUGCGUAAACGCUUCCUGGUUCUGGAACUGACCACUCUGCUCGACGACACUUCCCUAGAGGAGGCAGCAGCUCUUGCGAAUCAUCAGGACAGUGAGGCUGCAGGCGAUGAUCCAGAUCCUUUCUCACUCAUCGACGAAUCCCAUGAGCUAGUUAAACAGGGAAGUGCUGUUGACGCUUACCCAGCAACGCCCGUGCAGGAAAGCAUCCUGGCAGCAUCGCUGCAGCUGGACGACGACCACUAUGCGUAUCAGCGGGUCUGGGAUGUGUCUGGGCUGGACAAGGGGCAGCUUCGCACAAGUUUCGAGACUGUAUUUGCCAGAAGCGACAUUCUGCGGACAUCAUUCACACCGCGUAAGCGUGGAUUCAUGCAGCUUCUGCGCGCGGACUUGGCCCUGCCCUGGGUAGAGCUGGACCAGGAACUUGAUGCGUAUCUUGCCGCGGACAAAAAGCAAAGACUCUCGAUAUCCGGGCCCAUGGUCCGCAUUGCCCUUCUCUCUGAAAGGUUCCUGGUAGUCACCAUGCACCAUGCGCUGUUUGACUUUUGGUCGCAUCGAUUCCUGUACGACGACGUUGCUGCCGUCUACCGUGGGAUGACUCUGCUGCCCAGACCCCCGUUCAAGCGUUUUGUCAAACACAUAGAAGGGCUGGAUAGGAGCCAGAAUGACGGGUUCUGGAAGAGCUAUCUGUCCAACGUUGAACCUACGCAGCUUAACACCGCUCCCGUGGAGGAGACCAGCACGCUCUCGCAGACUCUACCAUUUGACCUGCGCAAGGCAUUGCAGCCCCAUGGUAUCUCAGCCGCUACGGCAAUUUAUACCGCAUGGGCCCUGGUUCUUUCCAAAAGGACGGGCAGCCAGGAUGUAUUGUUUGCGACGACACUCUCUGGCCGCGAGACAGCCGUGCUGGACGUGGACCGACUUGACGGGCCGACACUCACACUGGCGCCGCAACGAGUAUCCGUGAGCCCAGAGGACUCGCUGCUGGGCCUGAUGCGCAGUGUUGGCAAGGGACUGCUGCAAGUCAUCCGAUACAGUCCGCAUGGCAUGAGAAAUGCCCUCGCGGCCGCGCAGCUCCGUCCGGACUGUAUGGACACGAUGGUCAACAUCCUCAUAUCUCCCGAUGACCAAAACAGCGAAACAGAACAGGUUUUCCGACCUGUUGGCCCACGGCCGGUGUGGCAGUCUGAAUUCACCACUCUCGAAAUCACGGACGUCGGAGGCCAGACCAGCGUGAUGCUGACGGGGAAGAUGGAGCAGCGACAUGCGCAGUUCGUCCUCGAUUCAUUCUGUCAUACCAUCGAGGCCAUUGCCCAACAUCCGGGUCAGGCUGUCGAGACACUCGCCGUGAUGGGCGACAGUGAACGAGACUUCUUGUCCAACGAUCUAUCGAACCGGGCGACACUUCAUAUCCCGACACAAGAGCUGUUGCACGCUGCCUUCGAAAGACACGCCGUUCAAUCGCCGGACGCCAUUGCCAUUGACUGGGAUGGAGAGAAACAGGUUACAUAUGCGCAGCUUGACCGAAUGGCGAACCAGAUGGCGCAUCUGCUCACGCAGGGCUUCCAUGUCGCGGUCGGUGAUAUCGUGCCCUUGAUGCUGGACAAGUCCAUCAACACCGUAGUCGCUCUUCUCGGUGUGAUGAAGGCUGGUGCAGCGUAUGUGCCACUGAGUCCUGAUAACCCGUCAGAUCGUAAUUCCUUUAUCAUCAACGAGGUCCAGGCCAAAAUGAUCAUUACCGAGACCCAGCACUCGGCGACGAUCGGGGUAGACGGCAUCACGCGGCUGUAUGUCGACGAGGUACAGCUGGCCGACUUCCCAUUUGAUCGCCCCAACAUCGACAUCUCCCCCGACUGUCUUGCAUAUUUGAUAUACACAUCCGGCAGCACAGGUAUGCCCAAAGGCGUCAAGGUCCCUCAUCGAGCCGCAGCAGCAGCCGUUGUGAGCAUGGCCCAUGUCGAGGGUCGCCACCACGGGGAAUGGCGGACACUGCAGUUCGCCAACUACGUGUUCGAUGCAUCAGUGCAGGACUUUUUCAACACGCUCAGCACCGCAGGGACGCUGUGCAUGGGCCCAACAGACAAGGUGCAGUCCGACCUACCGGGUGCCAUCCAGACCAUGGCGGCGCGCCAGUCAAUCCUCACUCCGACAGUGGCCCAGCUCCUCAAUCCUGAGGAUGUGCCUGGAUUGGAGACUCUGAUCGUCGGAGGUGAGCCCCUGACCAAAGCCGUCAUCGAGAAGUGGCUCCCAUAUUCGCGGAUCCUGAAUGUUUACGGGCCUACCGAGACGUCAAUGGUGGUUUCGACCAAGGCUGUCACCACCGCGGAACGGCCUAAUAAUAUCGGUGCACCGUUUCCAACGGUAAUGGCAUUUAUUCUACAGCCCGAUGGACUUGACCUUGUGCCGUAUGGAGCUCCUGGAGAGCUGUGCAUUGCAGGCCCGCAAGUCACAGACGGAUACCUGGCUCGAGAUGAGCUUACUGAUUCUGUUUUUCUACGCAACGAGCUGUUGAAAGUGGACCGGAUGUAUCGCACCGGGGACCUGGCCCGUUGGCUCCCCGGGGGUGAAAUCGAGUGUCUGGGCCGCAAGGACAACCAGGUCAAGAUCCACGGGCACCGGAUCGAACUGGGAGAAAUCGAGCAAGCCAUUCUACAGGCUGGGAUGGUGCAGAACACAGUGGUAAUCCCAUUGAAAGUGAAUGGGAAACCGCAGCUGGGGGCCUUCUGCAUCUUCAAACCGUCCCAGUCCACCGAAAUCCAAAAUGCUGCGCAAUACCGCGACUUGAUCAGCCAGCUCCGGGGCCAGCUGACAAUGCUGCCUUCAUACAUGAUUCCAAAAUAUGCUUUCCCCCUGGGGGAUCUACCCAAGCUGCCGUCGCGGAAAACAGACCGCAAAGCCCUAAAAGCACAGGUGGAGGCAAUGGACGCCCUGCAGCUGAACCAAUACAGCCUCGAGUGCGAAGUGACCAGCCACGAGGUUAGUCCGGUUGAGACAGAUGCAGAGAUUGCAUUGGAGGAGCUGUGGUCCAAGGUGCUUGCCGUUGCUCCCGAGAGUAUAGGUAAAAGGGCCAAUUUCCUGGCGCUUGGUGGUGACUCUAUCGCGGCCAUUAGUCUGGCCAGUCUGGCUCGCGGAGCGGGCUACACCCUCAGCGUGAAGAAUAUCUUGAAGGCUCCGAGAUUGGACGCAAUGGCCAUCACUAUGCAAACGGCUGAUUCUCCAGCUACUACUGUACUGAGGGUGUUUGAGACCCCCUUGUCCGUGACCCAGGCUGUGCAGGAGGCUGAACUACGCUCCGAUGACGUUGACUACGUAUAUCCUGCGCCCCCCGGCCAAGUCGAGUUUCUAGAGCAGGGCCACCGGCCAGAGCAGAUGUGGGUGCUCAUGGCAGCCCGCCGGAUGCCGGUUGAUUUCGACCACGCCAGCUGGGUUAACGCCACGACCAAGAUGACACAGCUGGAUGAUAUCCUUCGUACAUCGUGGCUCCGAGUCUCCAAUGUCGAAUGGUACGGGGUCGUGCUGAAGCAGGCUUCUCCCAACAUCGUUGUCGCUCCCUGUGGAGACGACGGGGAACGGGAGCAGUUCCUCGAACGGUUCUGGGAACAGAGAUUCGCAUUCGGAGAACCAUUUAUCAAAUAUGCAAUCCUUACAUACCCAGACCAGACCUGUGAAGUCGUGAUCAAGAUGGAUCACGCCGUGUACGACGGCACCCUCCUCCGCAUUUUCGACGACCAUUUCUCUGCCCUCAGUCGCGGAGUUCAGGUCCCAGAGCACGGCCAGUUCCGUGACUUUGCUUUCAGCAUGUACCAGUCGGACCGAGAGACAACGAGAGAUUUCUGGAAAAAGACACUAGCUGGCAAAUGCAACCGCUUCCCAGAAUGCGAGACGCCCAGGAUCACAGCCUCGAUCAAAAAGCUCAUCUCGACUGACUUGGACACUAUAGCCCGCGCGACAGGAGUUACCAUCCCCAUUGUCUUCCAGGCCGCAUAUCAACUAUGGCUCAGCCAAACCACUGGAACGCCGGAUGUGAGCUUUGACUACCUGCUUAGCGGACGCAACGUCGACUUGGGCGCGAUCGACCCGCAGACAGUCAACGGUACGCUUGCCAACUUCCUGCCGGUGCGUAGCCUUGUAUCGCCAUCGAUUACGCUCGAUGAUUACCUGCAAGAGACACAGGACAUGUUCUGGGCGAUAACGGAGAACGGCAACAUUGGGCUGGACGAGAUCUACUCGGCGGCAGGCGUCUCACGGCACGCAGCGGGGAACCGAUCGUUGUUCCUUUUCCAGCCUUUUGAGCCCAGCACCAAGAGCACCAGCGAGAGCGAGAAUCUCCGCUGGCUGGUCAUGGCCAAGUCUCAGGUUCGCAUGUUCCAGCCGUACGGCCUGGUUGUUGAGGUUGCGAGGGCACUUGACAGCCAGCAUCGAUUAACAGUCAUGUACGACCAGGAGGUGUUUAACGCGGACCAGGCCACCAAUAUUGCGGAGCAUAUCAUGUACGUUGUGGAGAUAAUUGCGGAGUAUGCAAAUAAUCCCCGGAUCAGCCUGCAGAAAGUUCUUCACGCGUCCAGCCAGAGGUAG